GAGGGAAGGGGGGGCGCCGCCGCGCAGCCAAUCAGCGGCGGCCGGAGGGGGGUCACGUGGGCGCGGCGGCGCGGCGGUUGGGGCUCCGCUUAGAGACGGCCAGGGGUGGGGGGGGCGAAUGUUUUCAAACCAGCGGAAAGCUGGGAAGGGAUGAUUUACUUGGGGUUUUGUUUAAAUGUGAAAUAUCCUGACGAUUAUCGGCGAACUGCGAUACCCUGGUGUGUGAGCCCGCCCGGAGGAGUAGCGGGACCCGAAUCGCCUCGCAGAAAGGUGCAUAAUGAAAAGGCUGAUGUGUGAGUGCUGCAGCUAGUUAAGAGCUGUAAAAUGGCCAAACCUGGGACUGACAGAGACAACACCAUGGUAGAAAAACAAACAGGAAAGAAGAGUAAGGAUAAAAUUUCCCCUUUCACCAAGACUCCAAAGGUGGAUCGAAGCGAGUUACUAGGGAAGGAAAUGAAACAGAAGUCUUCCAUGAAACGCAAGCUUCCUUUUACUGUCAGUCCUCCGAGACAUGAAGAGCGGGACUCGGACACAGAUUCAGAUCCAGGACACACAAGUGAAACCUGGGGAGAAAGAUUAAUCCCAUCUUACAGGAUUUACUCAGAUAAAGACGGUCCAGACAAGAAGAAAGUAAAGAAAGAAACGGGAAGCAAAAAAUCCACUCCGGUCAACAUUAUGUUUGGGUAUCCUCUUUCAGAGCGCAAGCAGAUGGCACUUCUCAUGCAAAUGACAGCAAGAGACAACAGUCCAGACACUACUCCUAAUCAUCCAUCCCAGGCAACACCAGUACAAAAGAAAAUACCGAGCACGUCUUCUAGGCAAAAAGACAAAGUGAACAAGAGAAAUGAAAGAGGAGAGACUCCAUUGCAUAUGGCAGCCAUUCGAGGGGAUGUCAAGCAUGUUAAGGAGCUCAUCAGCCUGGGAGCAGAUGUGAAUGUUAAAGACUUUGCAGGGUGGACUCCACUGCACGAAGCGUGCAACAUGGGUUAUUAUGAUGUUGCCAAAGUCCUGAUUGCAGCAGGAGCCGAAGUGAACACGCAGGGGCUAGAUGAUGAUACACCACUUCAUGAUGCUUCAAGCAGUGGACACAAGGAUAUCGUGAAGCUGCUGUUGCGUCAUGGUGGCAAUGCCUUCCAAGCAAACAACCGAGGAGAGCGCCCAGUCGAUGUUGCAGAUUCAGAGGAGUUGGAGCACCUGCUGAAGGGGGAAAUUCCACUUUCUGAUGAAGAAGACAGCUCUUCAGAAUUCGAAGACCCUCUUUCAGUAAACCCUUCCAGUGUUGAUGACAACAUGGAGUACUCCGAUAUGGAAAAAGACUCUGAGAACAAACAGCUUAAUCCAGCCAAAGCCUCUGCGUCUGGUUUGGAUGAGUAUGAGUUCAAGGAUGAUGAAGAGGAGGAAGACCUCAGUAAAGCACUGAAUGAUAGGCACAUCCUCAGGAGAGAAAUGCGACAACGAGAGAAAGAUGAAAAAGAAAGAAAUAAUUUCAUGACCAAGCAAGAAAAGAAUGAUCAGACUAAUAUCUGCAGGUCUAAAAAGCAAAAAUCCUCCCGUGUUCUGUUCUGCAACUCUGAGAGCUCAGGAGACGAAACCCACCAGGAAAGAAAAACAUGCUCUCCAACGUGUUCCCUUGUGGGUGCUGCAGAUGGUCACAAAACAGACGUAAGGACUAAGAAAGAUUUAACCCUUACAGUAGACCACAAAGAAAAGGGUAAAGUAAAGAAAAAGUUUAAAAAUCAAAGUAAAAACAAGGAAAACCAAGAGGUUAAGGAAGAUGGUAAAGAAAAUAGUAAAGUUGCAUUUUUCUCCACAGCACCUGGGCUGGAAACCCCAGAAAAGACAAGAGAAGAUGACACUUUUAAAAUGUCUUUCAGCCCGAAAGAUGACUCUUCUGUCCACCUUUUCCAUCUUCCAUCGGUAAAAUCUCCCAAACUUAAUCACAGUGUAACAGACAAGCAGGCUUCUCCUUUAAAGCAAGAAAAUGCUAAAACAUGCUUGUCAACUGGAGUUUCAGAAAGUCCUUUGCAGAUGGAAAAUGUCAACUUUGACCACUACACAGAAGCAGACUAUAACACGGAGAGCUCGAGCAGCAAAGGGCUUAAACACAAAGAGAAAAGCAAACAUCACCAGAAAGACAUGGGCAUAGAUGUAGAAGAUGAAAACUCCACUCCAUGUAAAGAAGACCAUCUGGGUACCAGCUUAGACAGCUCAGAGGGCACCUUGCGAAAGAUGGAUAAAGAGGGGAAAGUAAUCAAGAAACACAAAUUAAAACACAAGGAAAAAGACAAACAUAGAAAAGAAUACGAGGGAGCAAAAGACAAGCACAGAAAGAAAGAGAUGAGGAAAGAGGGCAUUAGGAACCUUGAGUUUGAUCGGGAAUUUUGGAAGGAAAAUUUCUUCAAAAGCGAUGAAAACGACGAGUCUUUCUCUGGGAAAGCGGACAGCUCUGAAACUGGUGCCCCACAAAUGUCACCUGUUAAAGAAGAGAAAGGUUCUAAAGAAAAACAUGUCAGUAAAGAGAAGAGACUUAAAGAGGACAGGGACAAAGACAAGUCUCAGAAAAGGGAUAAAAAAGAAAAUCUGUUCAAAGAAGAAAAAGGUAAAGAAAUAAAAGUGAGUGAUCAGGAUGAGAAAAUAGAUCUUCUGACCUCUGAUAAGGUACCUGAGGAUUCUUUGCAGGAUGUACCUGUUGUGAAAGAAGAGCUGGAGGAACACCUCUUAACUGAGAAAGACACUGACAACGACCAGCAUGAUGCACUGGAAAAAGGAGCAAGAGAGAAAUCGGACAAAAAAUACUCUGUAAAAGAAAAGGAAACUGAAAAGCUAGAUAGGAAACAUCCUGAUAAAGAAAAGAAACUCAAAACAGAGCAGAAUUUCCUAGACAAACCAGAUUCCCAUAACAGCACAGACAGAUGGAAAGAGAAAGACAAGACGGGCCCUUCCCAUUCAUUUGGAGAGAAGAACUACAAGGAAAGCGAAAAGUUGAAAGCUGUUUUGUCAACGAAGAAGCCCGAAGAGAACAAGAAAAGCAAAGACAAGGUGGAGAGGAAGUAUGAAAAAGAAAAGCAAGACAAAGAACGGUACUUUGGGGACAACAGAGACAAAGAGAAAAACGGCACAGAUAAGAAAGGAAAAACUUCAGAGAAGGGAGUGGAUUUAGGGAAACCUGAUCGCACAAAGGAGAAGGAACAUGAGAAAAAGAAAAAAGAGAAAAUAAAAGAUGUGACUUCCAGUUCCAAUGUGAAGAUUUUCCCAGAAGAGAGAAAGCCCAGUGUGUCAGAAAGUAGUAAAAUGUUGCAUGACAAAACAUUUACAAAAUUAAAAGAUGAUGGACUGAAAGUCCCAGAAAAAGACAGAAGAGAUAAGGACAGAGAGAUUGACCGAUAUAAAGAGAGAGACAAACACAAGGACAAGACGCAGCCAAAUAAACUCAACAAAACUAAAACCAAUGAGCUGGAGGCCGACAAGCUUAAAUUAAAGCCAUCGCCAGCACCCAAGGAUGCUCGGCCUAAAGAAAAAAGGCUAGUUAAUGAUGAUCUCAUGCAAACCAGCUUUGAAAGAAUGUUAAGUCUUAAAGACCAAGAAAUUGAGCAGUGGCAUCGAAAACACAAAGAAAAAAUUAAGCAAAAAGAAAGAGAGAGGAUGAAACACAAACCAGGCUUAGAUCUUAACAAACUGAAGAACAAAGAGAGGUUUAAAAUCUUACCAAAUGAAGUCGGCAACAGCAAAGAGCUUCUAAGGUCUAAAAGCUCAGAGCUCUCUGAUCUACAUACACGAGAGAAAGUGUUAAAAGAAGCUACUGGCGCACGAUCUUUUUCCCUGGAUGCAAAAAAUCUGCCAAAUUCUGGGAAAAGUGGUCUUGGUUUAGAGAAUAGUUUGUCUCGCUCUCCUAGGCCGGAACAUGAGAAAUCAGGUCUUGUAUCCAGAUCUGUAUCCAUGAUAUCGGUGGCAAGCUCAGAGGAUUCCUGUCAGACAACCGUGAUGACACCACGGCCAAUAACGGAGUAUGACUCGGAUUUUACUCUUGAAGGUUCAGACUCUCAGUUGUCCUUCUCACUGCCACUGUCAGUGACACAUGCUAAAUCGCCUGUCAUUCAUGAAACAGAAACUGAAAGCUUACUUGAUUCAGCACAGAGGACCAAGGCUUCACUGUCUAACAAACAGGCAGCGCAUGUGCGAACAACAUCUGCAGAAGAUGCUAAACCUGCAGCCGUUGAUGGAAGACUUUUUGUGGAAGAUUGCCGGUACAGUUCACUGGCACAGUCUAACAGUGAGAACUUGAGAACUUCUGUGGCAGAAAGUAGUUUGGCUCCUGCACAAGAAAACCAGAACAGUCCUAAUUCAGUUUUCCCAAACCUUAAUAAUGCUAGUUCCCUAACAGAAGGUCCUUCAGACAGUGGCAUUGAAGGACAUCUGUGCAGCGGUGCUAGAAGCACUCACCUUUCCCUCCCCUCAUCACCCCUUCCUGUGCCAAACAGCAGUGAUCAAAUGUCAGAGGACUCUGAUGAGGCAUUAAAUCAGCUAAUAAACCCUCCACAAACAGAUUGUAUAAAGGAAACUGAUCAAGAAAUAGAAAAGCUUCCUAAUUCUGAACUUUUGCCAGAUAAGAAUACUCCCUGUGUAUCAACAGAAGACUCCCGAAUUGAAUUCUCCAGUGAGAAAUUGAUAUCAGAAUGUAAAAUGAAAGAAAACAAGGAUUCUCCAUCGGUGAAUGCACUGGAAUCCCUGCCUCUUCAACACUCUUUGUCUUCAAACUUCAGAUCAUCUUCUGACAGCACAAGUGAAGGUCAGGAUGCCGUUGAGCCAGAUUCAAGCAAACUGAACCUUGAGGUGUCGCACACAGGUGAAGAGGAUCUAGUUAUGGUUACCGAACAAAAAGAAAAGCCUGUACUUAUUGUGGAUUUACAUUCCAGUGCAGGAAGCAAAGUGGAUGAACAAAACAUGGAAAAUUCAUUGAGUAAUUUGUCAGUGGAUGCCGUGACGGAAUGUGUGAAUGGCCCAGGGCAGUGUGCUAGCCUUUCCUGUACAGUUACACAGCAAAUAGGCAAUAACACCACUAUAAAGGCAAAUACCAUGUGUGAGGGGGCUAUGGAUACCCAGGAAGACAUGGAGACUGAUGAUACACUGAACACUGAAGACACUAAAUUGAAGCCAAGAAAUAAAUCCGUGCACGAGAACUUGGGCGAUCUUCAGUUAGAUAAAUAUGAAUCUAAUCAACCCAACUUUGAAGCUAAUUGUUUGGAUUUAGAACAUAAAAUAAUGGAUAUUGCUGAAGCAGCAGAGGAUUUGGAAAAUAAUGACUUACUAGACGCAUCAGAAAGGGGGAAACUUACAGAUACUGUCCUGCAAGCACAGUCUCUACCUGAUGUGAAGUUUAGUGCAGAGGCACAUGUCAAGACUGAAGAGGAGGAAAUGAUCACAGACAGGGAAUGUGCUGAAGAGACCUCACUACACCAGGAGGAAUCUCAGGGCACACCAUCCACUCUCCAGGAAAAUUCCCAAACUGGCCCAACUAAAGAUCCUUCUGUAGGUGGUCCUCAAACAGGUGACAAAGAGGCAGAUUUUUCAGGGUCCAUCAAGGCUAAAAUAAGGUUAACUGAAGAUGAAGACCUGCAGGUGCAUCACCCUAGAAAGAGGAAGAUGCCAAGAGUGCCACAGGCUGUUCAGGCAAACCCCACACUUCAGCAGGCAAAAGAGAAGACCCAGCAAUCCUUGGCAGCUAUUGUAGAUUCCCUGAAGCUGGAGGAGAUCCAGCCGUACCAGACCGAGAGAGCAAACCCUUACUAUGAGUUCUUGCACAUCCGGAAGAAGAUUGAAGAGAAGCGGAAAGUGUUGUGCAGCGUUGUCCCCCAAGCACCACAGUAUUACGACGAAUAUGUUACUUUCAAUGGAUCAUACCUCCUCGAUGGAAAUCCACUCAGUAAACUGUGUAUUCCGACUAUAACUCCACCUCCCUCUUUACCCCAACCCUUGAAAGAACUGUUUAAACAGCAGGAGGUGGUCCGAAUGAAGCUGCGUUUGCAGCACAGCAUUGAACGAGAAAAGCUGAUUGUUUCCAACGAGCAGGAGGUGUUGCGUGUCCAUUAUCGUGCAGCAAGAACACUAGCAAACCAGACUUUACCCUUUAGUGCCUGCACAGUCCUUCUGGAUGCAGAAGUUUAUAAUAUGCCUCAGGAUGCUCAGACCGAUGAUGGCAAGACCUCAGUACGGGACAGGUUUAAUGCCCGGCAAUUCAUGUCCUGGCUGCAAGAUGUCGAUGACAAAUUUGAUAAACUAAAGACCCGUCUUCUCAUGAGGCAGCAACACGAAGCAGCAGCGCUGAAUGCAGUGCAGAGAUUGGAGUGGCAGCUCAAGCUGCAGGAGCUGGACCCCGCAGCAUACAAAUCCAUCAGCAUCUUCGAAAUCCCCGAGUUCUACGUCCCACUGGUUGACGUCAACGAUGACUUUGAGUUGACGCCGAUAUGACGUCUUGCUCGGCGAAAUGCGUUUUGUUCAAAGCGUCAGUAUCAGCAGGGUGUAAAAAAAAAAAAAUGCAUUGCUUGCACGUCAUGUACAAAGUUGCAUGGUGUCCGGCAACUUUCCAUCCCAGAGGUCUUGCAAACGCCCAGGAAAACGCACGCAUGACGCGAGAGCCGCCGGGGGAACGGCGGGGAGCGCUAGUCGGAGGCUCUUCCUCUUCCAGCUGCGGGCGCUGCCGAUGUGGGGAUGUGGAAGUGAGCCGGGAGGCGGACAGAUAAGGCACUUAUCUCAGCGUACAGGAAUCUGGGGCCGGCAGUGCUGGAAGCUGCUGUUGGAGCAAGGAAGUGUGUGUUGGAGAAGAGAAAAUGUACUUGCAUUUCUUGUGGCACUUAGCUCAGAAAUGCUUCGCAGAACCAAGUUCCUCUUAGAAGGACUGUGCUAUCACUAAAGUUCUUACGUGAAAGAACUAUAAAAUGUUUAAAUUACGUUGUUUUAAUCACUUCUAAGUGAAUGUGUUCAUAAAUGUACAGACUGUGCUCUUAAUUUUGUAAUAACUUAUUUUAUACACUGAUUGUGCAUUUGUAAAUACAUAUGUAAUUAUUGUUUUUAACUUGUAAAUUAAAUAGAUAUUUUGAUUGUAAA